CAGUUCUCCAGAGGCAGAGCCACUGAAGUGAAAGAGAUCAGCAUACCAGCAUACAAAAUGAAGAGUGAGCUUGAAUUUGUAACAAAGGAGAAGACAAAGAAUAUUCAGCAACAUGAUGAUGAGAGUGAAAAGCAGAGACCAUACAGAUAGAAAAAUUCUCAAUACAUCAAAAUGUUGUAGUUAGAAAUAUAACAUAAUCCUUCUAUCUCCAUUACUUUUCUUUGAUAAUGAAAAUUAUAGAUCCUGGAAGGAAUUAAGAUAAAAUUAUGGAAGGAAAUUAUGAUAAGGAUGGGGUCACUUUUAAUUGCAACAGCAGCUGUACAGGGUGAUUAUAGGCAGAUCUCUUGUGCUAAGGUAGAGGUACUGACUUCUUUAUCGGUUUAACCGAGUCAAAUUCAGAGUUGGUGGUUCCAGGAUUUUAUUCAGAAUGACUUUAGGAAGAGAAGGGAUGUCUCCCCUUCAGUCAAUGUCUUCCUAUGCUACUGCUGGUAGAAAUGUUUUAAGAUGGGAUCUUUCACCAGAACAAAUUAAAACGAGAACUGAGGAGCUCAUUGUGCAAACCAAACAGGUGUAUGAUACUAUUGGAAUGCUUGACAUCAAGGAAGUAACUUACGAGAACUGUUUACAGGCACUGGCAGAUGUAGAAGUGAAAUAUAUAGUGGAACGAACCAUGCUAGACUUUCCCCAGCAUGUCUCCCCUGACAAAGAAGUACGGGCAGCAAGUACAGAAGCGGACAAAAAACUUUCUCGUUUUGAUAUCGAGAUGAGCAUGAGAGAAGAUAUAUUUCUGAGGAUUGUUCAUUUACAGGAAACUUGUGAUCUGGGGAAUAUAAAGCCUGAAGCCAGACGAUACUUGGAAAAGUCAGUUAAAAUGGGGAAAAGGAAUGGGCUUCAUCUUCCAGAACAAGUACAGAAUGAAAUCAAAGCAAUGAAGAAAAGAAUGAGUGAGCUCUGCAUUGACUUUAACAAAAACCUCAAUGAGGAUGAUACCUUCCUUGUAUUUUCCAAGGCUGAGCUUGGUGCUCUUCCUGAUGAUUUCAUUGACACUUUAGAAAAAACAGAUGAUGACAAGUAUAAAAUUACCUUAAAAUAUCCACACUAUUUUCCUGUCAUGAAAAAAUGUUGUAUUCCUGAAACCAGAAGGAAGAUGGAAAUGGCUUUUAAUACAAGGUGCAAAGAGGAAAACACUGUAAUUCUACAGCAGCUACUACCACUGAGGGCCAAAAUAGCCAAAUUGCUUGGCUAUAGCACACAUGCUGACUUCGUCCUUGAAAUGAACACUGCGAAGAGUACAAGCCAUGUAACAGCCUUUCUAGAUGAUUUAAGCCAGAAAUUAAAGCCCUUGGGUGAGGCAGAACGAGAUUUUAUUUUGAAUUUGAAGAAAAAGGAAUGUGAAGAGAGAGGUUUUGAAUACGAUGGGAAAAUCAAUGCCUGGGAUCUGUAUUAUUACAUGACGCAGACAGAAGAACUCAAGUACUCCAUAGACCAAGAGAUCCUCAAGGAAUACUUCCCAAUUGAAGUGGUUACUGAAGGCCUGCUGAACAUCUAUCAAGAGUUGUUGGGACUUUCAUUUGAGCAAGUGACGGAUGCUCAUGUGUGGAAUAAAAGUGUUACACUUUACACUGUGAAGGAUAAAGCUACAGGAGAAGUACUAGGACAGUUCUACCUGGACCUCUAUCCAAGGGAAGGAAAAUAUAACCACGCAGCCUGCUUUGGUCUGCAGCCUGGCUGUCUCCUCCCCGAUGGGAGCCGCAUGAUGUCUGUGGCUGCCCUCGUGGUGAACUUCUCACAGCCAGUAGCCGGGCGUCCCUCUCUCCUGAGGCACGAUGAGGUGAGGACUUACUUCCAUGAAUUUGGUCAUGUCAUGCAUCAGAUUUGUGCACAGACUGAUUUUGCACGAUUUAGUGGAACAAAUGUGGAAACUGACUUUGUAGAGGUACCAUCACAAAUGCUUGAAAAUUGGGUGUGGGACAUUGAUUCCCUCCGAAGACUGUCAAAGCAUUAUAAAGAUGGAAGCCCUGUUUUGGAUGAUCUCCUUGAAAAACUUGUUGCUUCCAGACUGGUUAACACAGGUCUUCUGACCUUACGCCAGAUUGUUUUGAGCAAAGUUGAUCAGUCUCUCCACACCAACCCAUCGCUGGAUGCUGCAAAUGAAUAUGCCAAAUACUGCAAAGAAAUUUUAGGUGUUGCAGCUACUCCAGGCACAAAUAUGCCAGCUACCUUUGGGCAUUUGGCAGGGGGAUAUGAUGGCCAAUAUUAUGGAUAUCUCUGGAGUGAAGUGUUUUCCAUGGACAUGUUCUACAGCUGUUUCAAAAAAGAAGGGAUAAUGAAUCCAGAGGUUGGAAUGAAAUACAGAAAUCUAAUCCUGAAACCUGGAGGAUCUCUGGACGGCAUGGACAUGCUCCAAAAUUUCUUGAAACGUGAGCCAAACCAAAAAGCGUUCCUAAUGAGUAGAGGCCUGCAUGGUCUGUAAACUGGGGAUCUUUGGUAGCGAUCCAUGUCUGGAGGACAAGUCAACAUCGCCAUGUGUUGCUGGCCUGGAAACUGAAGGGAGUUUUGCAAAUGAAAAUUUAGAUUUCUAUUGACUUCCUUUUGUUUUUUUAUUUGAAAAUACAGAUGUAAAUGGAAUUAUAAAUACUGUGACUUAAGAAAACCCAUCAGAAAAUGGUUGUACUAUAAAUUUCAUAAAAAUGAAUUUGAUUUCUUUUUAUAAAAGUUUCAUAUGAAUGUAAUUUGAUUUUUUACUAUUGUAAUCUAGAUAAUGUAAGAGGGCUAAGAAUUUUUAAAUUGAAUCAUAUACAUUAUAUAAUUUGAUCCUUCUUAUAUCUUGAAGUUUUCUACUUAGGAUUUCUGGACUGAUAAAUGAAUCAUCACAUUCCUCUGGUAAAUGUUUUCUUGGAGUCUUGCCAUCAACUUUGACUCUGUCUCGCAGUGACUUGUGACCCCUUUGCGUGCAUACCUCAGGGCCGGGGGAUUGUGCCUCGGUAAUGCAUUUAUCUUUGUAUUGCAGGCCUCAUGAGUCUCAAAUGUCUCCCACACUUAAAUUAUGUUCCUCCAUUUGGAUUUGUCUUUUCUGUUGAAAGUAACAUCAGAGAGUACAAAAGAAUUGUAGGUUUUAACUGAAACUGACCUAACAUCUAUUUCAGGGUUUUAUAUCUUGUAUCAAAGGUUCAUUUCCACAUUAGCAUAUAAGAUUAUCAGACUUUUGGCAUAUUUACGAAUUAGAACACUGAAGCAAGUCCAAGGAUAUUUUUCUCUUCUCAUUUUUGUCAUAAGGCACAUAAUACAGUUAUGUGCCUCCUUCAGUGCCCACCUUACCCAAAGGUCCACUUGGGCCUGUCACAAAUGGCUGUUGGAGUGCCAUGGGAAGAGAGCUGAGGUGCUGAGGCACAGGAGAGUUCAGAAUCUCUAAAAGAGUAGUGGAUUCUGGACAGAAGUGUUUGAGGAGAGUUGCUCCCAAGUGUUCUAUACGUGCUUCAAUGCAGACAUGAGGAGGAGGCACUUCAGUAGCCCAUUUUGUCUGCCAAGUUUUAUUUUAAGUGAACCUUUGAAUCUCUGUUUGACUCUGUUAACCGUGGUUCUAAGUCCCAAUCACAGCAGACCAAUAAACUCAUUAUACUUAUUUUCCCUAAAGGAAUCUACUCAAUAAGGAAACAGGAUAAUAAAAAUUUUCUUUAAUUACAAAAACCUAAACUUUGUGUGUGUACUGCAUCAGUCAUUCAUUUGUUCCCCAAUAAAGUUCGAUUUUGCUGGCCAAAGACAAAAUUAGAACUUUUCUAUUUUCCAGUUGAAAUGAACAUUGUGCUAAAUUUAAAAAAAAAAAAGCAUUAUAUUCUUUUAUGGAAUUAUAGAACGCAAAAAAAAAGUCAAGAACUAUAGCAACAGAGAAGAAAAUUCUAAGAUUGUUACUGCCAAGCAAAUACCUUAAACAUCCCCACGAAAUCCUACCCUCCCUUCUGAGACAAUCGCCUGGCCCUUCUCUCUCCCACACUCACUGAACAGCUCUGCCUCCAGUCCCCACAGCUGUCUUUUUGGUCUGUCUUAGCAACCUGUGGUACUUUUCUUGUUUUUCCCCAGACUGUUAAUGUUCUCCAGUUUCGACAAAAACUCUCUUCAGCUUUUUCUACUGUCCAAUGUACCUCCUUAAAAGCAACUUAUAUCAUUUUAAAUCUUAACUUAUUUCAUAUGAAAAAAACUAAUACUUGGUGUGAAAAAGGCUGCACACAAUAAAGUUACAUUAUUAUUUACCCAGAAGAAUGAGCUCACAUUUCUUUGAUGCUUAGUGUUGAACUGAAAUGCAUAAGAGAACAAAAGCACUAUGUUAUUCUUUUUUAUUUAGGGUCCACAUUGAACACUUAAAAUUACCCAAAAAGAGCAACAAAAUCAAGUACUCACUUAAAAAAGGUCUCUAAUAUAAUUCAAAACCAAGGGCUUAUUUUAUUAAGCCUUUUUGAAUGCAGCCAUCUACCUUUCUCAUCCCCCCCAGAUCAAAGCAUAAACUGGCAGGUUCUCUAAGCAGCGGCAAACUAAGACAAUUGUUACUGGUCAACCUGCACUUCAGAUUUAUGGACUGAGCCACAUAUAAGAAAGUCUCCUUUGGUUAUUGGUCCAGGAUAUUUUGUUCUCUUUCAGGUUUUGGAGGUCUUGUGUGUUGCUAUGGUAAGUUGUUAAAAAUUUUACGUUAAUAUCAAGUAGGCCUGAUUCCUGAGGGUUUAAUGUUAAGAUGCUACAGAGAAGAGAAAGAAAAAUCCUGAUGUUAUGCCACCUAAUAUAGAAUUUUUUUCCUCUGGUACAAAUAAUGAUGUUACUUAGAUAGGUAUUAUCACCUGUGCAUUAUAUCAAACUCUUGCCUUUCUAAAGCUAAUAUAAUGAAAUUUGGCCAGCUAUAGCUUAUUAGACAUGAAAAACUACAUUGUGUAAGAGGACUAAAUAGAAAAAAUUGUUCUUAAAAAAUAUUGAUAUCAUUUUGUAUUUGCACUCUUUAUUUGCCUUAACUAGUAGGUAAUAACUUGACUUUCUCCUUUACCAUUUUGUCUUUAGACUUUGUGUGUGUACUGAUCCUGCCUCCCCAGUCCAAUGGAUCAGCUGGUUGGUUUAUGACCUUUUUUUUUUUCCCUAUCAUGCACAUUAAGAAUUUUUUAUGCUCCAAGGAAAUGCAUUAAAAUACUAAUCCCCCAAAUCAGGUUUAGGCAUAGUUAACUGAAUCCCAAGGAGUAUUAAAAGAGAAACCCUAUCUCAUCUGAAUAGAUGCAGUGACCAAGACUUCAUUCUCCCCUCAACAAAACAUUACUGCAAUUAUGUGUAUCACAUCAGAAAUUGGAUAGCUCCUCAAAAUUGAAUAUGCCUUCUCUUGUGAAUGUUUGGUGAAAAUAGAAGCAAAAAAGACAUACAUGCUUUUAUUUUCCUUGAAAAACAGUCAAUGUCCAAAGCUUAUUUGUCUAUUCAUCUUUAAUGGAGAAAUUUCCACUGAGAACACCCAUAUAGGUGAUUUUCUAAUACCGUAUCAAGAUAGGGUAAAGGUUAUAAAAUCUAUAUACUAGAUUAAAGUAGCCUUAUCCAGCAUGCUUACAAGGUUAUAAAUAUCUUGCAAAAAAAUGUUUUGAAAAAUUGAGCUAAUGUCUCACAUAGCCCUCUCCAGUGAGUGAGUCUUGAGUUUUUAUUUGGUUGAAUUUCCUAGUAAUUGUCUUUCCUAUUAAAAUAUAGGCUCAAUGUAACCAGUUCACUAUGUAUAUAAAAGAAAAGGGAAGAGGUAAAUAUGACAUAGGCUCCCUGUUUCUGGUCACAUGAGUUGACACCCAUGUUAGCUACUUAUUUGUCUGAAGAUUCACCUAAAAUUUUACUGCCAUAAUAAAGGUAACCUGUCUCUAGCAUUUGUCAUCAGAGAAACUGUAUGGCUAAUACUAGUUUAAGGGAAUAGUGUUCACUAAAGCCAGUAAAACAUUCAGUAUCUCUAACUGACAUUUUUGCUGUGUUGGAAGAUAUGGCUGGAUAAUCAUUUGUCAGGUAGAUCCUAGUUAUUGAAACAAUUGCAGUGGCGAGUAAUUAUUCACAUAAAACCGAGGAAAAUUCUCAGUCCUUUGGAUGAAGACACAAAAAAUUUCAUAGAUGAUAUUACCAAAAUGGAAGAUAACCAAGCUGAAAUGGUUAAUUAUGAUGAUGUUGAGAUUUUAAAUUAUUUCGGUGCUGACAAAUUUAAGAUGAAAUUAAAUGUCUUCCAUUGCCAAGGUCAAGGAAGGGGAAACUUGACUACUUGAUAGUGGUACUCAGAUAAAAAGACCUAGCAGGGCCUCCCCUGGUGGCGCAGGCGGUUGAGCACAGCGCUGUGACGCUGCCUGCAGCCUCUGCAGUGCUGGUUCGAUCCCCAGCCGCAGGCGAGGGUCCCACAUGGUGCGACAGACUUCUCCUGCCAUGCCUGCUGCUCCCUACAGCAGUGUAUCGUCAGUCUGCCUGUUCUGCUCCCCGCUCUGGCUCUGGUGAAUUCUCUCACCCUCCCACGCUUCUGACUGUACCCAG